AGCUUUCGUUUUAAAGGGAAAGCACCGCACGCGCCUGUGUGAGUGAUUAGAUUUUUAUUAUGAGGGCUGGCAGCUGUACCUGCAGUGUGUGUCAUAGGUGCGCACGGAGCAGCAGCCCACACAAAACUGCGCCUUUGGCUUUUCCAACAUCAAGAUGAACUUUGACUUGGUGGCAUUGAGCUGCAAGGUUUAGGAAGCAACAGCUGCAAUGGGACUUCAGCCACAAAUUCAGAAGUAGUCUGUAAUUCAGCUUUAUCCUAAAAUCACCUGCAGUCAUAUUUUACAAGCUUCCAGUAGUCUCUAAGACUAAGUUGAUGCCGAUGGUUAUGACCAUGAACGGUGAGCAGCAUUCCCUCGCUGCAGCACCUCUGGAUUUACGUACAACUCACAGAGAGCGUGGGAGCAGCGGACCGACGAGUCCGGACUCGCUUGUGACAGGCGGCUCGCCUGCUCCUCCGGCGUGCACAGAAACGGACUCUUUGGACAAACAAGUCAUCGUAGUGAAGAAAGAAAACAGUGGAGUGUGCAAACGAGACAACGCGCGACAGAACCUUCCAUUCAGAAAACGCAAGAUUCCCGUGGAGCCAGAGACUCAUGAAAACGGAGACUUUUCACCGCGGGCAGCUCAGGAGAAUGAGUGGACUACAGGUGCAGCAGGGGUCAUUGCACCCACACGGCACUUCUGGUCUCCCUUUACCCCCUAUGUUCCAUUUUACUACCUGUCCCCUGUCCCUGUCUCUGAAGCCCUGGCUCCUGUCCCCCACAACACAGGCCACCUGCUUUCCACCAUCGCUCUGGCCACACGGCAGGAUGAAGAUGGAGACACACCUCUUCACAUUGCUGUGGUUCAAAGCAAGAUGGACAUUGUUGACAAACUGAUUGGCAUCUUCUUGUUGGAGCACAAAAGUCCUGAUAUCUACAAUAAUCUUCGCCAGACUCCUCUUCAUCUGGCAGUCAUCACGCAGCAGGCUAACAUGGUGAAGGCUCUAGUCCAAGCAGGAGCAGACCCCGCAGCUUUGGACCGGAAUGGCCAGACGGCACUGCACCUCUGCUGUGAAUACAACCAGGGAGAGUGCUUAUCCCUACUCCUGUCCCUCCACCCGGCUGCCACCUGUCUGGAGAUUCGAAACUAUGAAGGUCUGAGCCCUCUACACCUGGCAGUGCUGCAUGGUCACAUGGAUUUGGCUACAAUGCUGUUACACGCUGGAGCUGAUAUUAAUGCUAUGGAUAAUAAAAGUGGCCAAAGCCCCCUGAUGCAUGCAGUAGAGAGCAAUAAUGUGAACAUGGUUCACUUCCUUAUUGAGAAUGGUUGUGAUGUCAACAGCCAGUCGUACAGCAGGAACACUGCGUUACAUUGUGCCUGUGGCCGUGGGCAGGUGGACACAGUGCGGCUGCUGCUUAAAAACGGAGCUGAUAGUGGACUGAAAAACUAUCACAAUGACACCCCUGUGAUGGUGACCACCAAUAAAAAGAUUGCAGAUGUAAUACGGGGAAGAAGCUCCAAACAAAUGCGAGUUCAAGAUCAGCUCUACAUAAGCACAUCACCUACACAUAGAAACAUACUGGAAGACAGGAGUCCUCCUUCUCCAAAUCAGAGCCGUGGAUGCUCACCAUCCUCCAUUCUCUGCAUGCCUCACCAAACACACUCACUGUCACCAAAAACUGGAACACUUUUUUCAAGCCAACCUCUAACUACCUCUGCACAUGCACCUGGCAACAUAUAUACUCCAGUAAAGAGGGAUUAUGAAGCAUGAACAUUUUCAAAAAGACCAAACUGAAGUUUUGGACUUCUGCCUUUUAAUGCCCUUGCAACUGCAGAUGGCAGCAGCACUGUUGCUGUUGUGGACACUCAGACAUAGGUCAAUGCUUGAAAAGUUCGAAAGACCACAAUGGAUGGCAUCUUUAAAUGGCCAAUUUGUUAAGCCAAGACAGACGAACACACUGCAGGCCUAUAUAUUUUA